AUGGUAGUUAUUGGGUUGAAUAAUCAAAUACUUCAGAGAAUUAAUGAUUACAAUACAUCAGAUAAAGUAGUAUUGUCAAUAAAUAAUGUCGAAAUAACAAUCAACAAGUCUUUCGCAGUUGCAUUUUCGAAAACUUUUUACUCACAGUACUUGUUAGACAAUAGUACAGAUAAAAUCGAUGCAAAUACAGACAUUGAAUCACAAGAUACAUACAAUAUUUUGAAAGACAUCCUUCAAUACAGGAAAACAGAGUUCGAAUGCAACGAAACAAUUUUGAAAGAUCUCUUUCACAUCGGUCUCAAACUUGAGAUGCAAGAACUUAUUAAUUUAUACGAAACAUACGUCAUCGAUAAAAUGGAAAUUAACAAAAACAAUUGUUUUCAAAUUCUUGAAUUUUAUAUUGAUAUUUCAAAAGAAAACAAAAUUUCAAAAUGCAUUGAUUUCAUCUCAUCACAUUUCUUUGAAAUCAACUUAGAACAACUCAAGUUAAUUUCCAAUAAACUUGGAAUUGACAUUAUUAAACGGAUUACUAGUAAUAAUUUACUUGCAAUUAAAGAUGAGGAUUCAUUUGCCAAAUUCAUUCUUUCUCUAAUUGAACAAAACGAAAUAUUCAAUCCGUUGAUCGAAUAUAUUCGUCUUGAAUUUUGCACUUUUAAUAUUAUAGACAAAAUAUAUAGUUUGGCAAAUUCAAGUAAUUGCAUGAGUUUUCUCAAAUAUUUCCAUGAUUCAUUGUUGAGAUCCAAUAAUAAAAAGCAAAUAAAUCCGAGAUGUUUUAAUCCAGAAGAUUUUCAAUCGAUGAUAGCAAACUACAAAGAUUCAGAUGAUUUCAGAUGCAUUUACCGAUUCUUUGAACGACUUUCAGAUAAUGAAUACAAAGAUAUUAUUAGCAAAGCAUGCCAAUAA